AAUAUUCUAAUGAAUAAGAAUCACAUAUUUUCAAAGAGUAUCAAUAUCAUAAGAGAUCAUUAAUAUGAAUAUAAGCCUUCUUAGUAAUCAGGUUAAAAAGAACAAAGUAGAAAAGAUUCAGAAGAAGAGAGUGGGAAUGUUCGUUCAACUUAAAUUUUGAAGAAGCCAAUUUCAAAAAAAGUAAUAGUGAUUUAAAAUACUGGGCAAUCAGGAAGAGUUUAAUCACAAUAGGUUAAUAAAAAGAAAGGAAUUUUGAAUAUAACAAAAAAGGAGGGUGAGAUAUAUAACUAUUUUGGAUAGAAUAAUAAAUAAAGCAAGAUGGUUCAUAUUCAAUAUUUAUAAGAAAUUUGAAAGAAAAUACAAAAUAAUAGGAUCUUAGAGAGUUGAUUGAUGAUGAUUAGAAUAUUUUAGGAGUUAGUGUAAUUUGAUAAUUUUUAAUUUUAGAUUAAUAAUAAGUAGGCAACAAUUACUUUUUCAAAUUAAGAGUCAGCAGAGAAUGCUAUAGGUAUAAAUAAUAUUGUUUAUAUUAUUUAUUUAGAAUAGAUAAAUAAUUCUAAGGAUAAAAAUUAAGAGAUGAGAGCUGUGCCAAAUUUUAAAUAAAAUGAUAAAGUUAUAGUAAUAGGAUAAUAUUCUGAUAAAAAUAGAAGUAAGGAUGAUGGAAGACUGAGAAUGGAUGUUAAAGAGUCUAUUUUUGAUCGUAUUCAGAUAAAAAAAUGAUAAAUG